AGCGAGCCCCAGGAAAACAAAACAAAGGCGGCGGCGGGCGCGGAGCGGCGCAGCGCAGCAGGAUGCCUCGGCCGCCUCUCGGCCCUGAGGGGAGGAGAUACGCGCCCAGUCCCCGGCUCCGCUUAUGACCCGCGGCUGACUGGCUGCCGCCGCCAAGAAGGCAUUUUCGAGGCGAAGCAAGCCGCCCCCCCGCCCCCUUUUAUUGUUUUUUUUUCGCUGCCCCUUCGUUGAAUGCGAACGCGCACACACGCGGGGCCGGUCCCGGCCUGCGGAUGAGCGGCUGGUGCUGCUAGCCCCCUCCCCGAGCACCGUCCCUCUCGCGCUGGUGGCCGUGUGAAGACUUAUUUCCUCUCCCCCCCCCCCCCCCGCCCUUGCCCCCCGCGGGAGAGGGGCCCGGGGCUGCGCCACUGCACGGAGUCCGGGCUGCGGAGCGGAGCUGGCGCGGCGCGGCGGUUGUGACUGUUUCUCUUCUGUCGUCUGUGUGGAAAGUGCCACACACACUCCGGAACAACAACGGCUUUUGCUUGCAUUUUCCAGUGUUUCUUUUGUCAGCGUGUUCAGCAAAGUUGUAAUUCUUCAAGUGCCAGCCCUGAGCUGAGUGAGGAGCCAGCAGCAGAGAUGGUGAAAAUGACAAAGUCAAAAACGUUCCAGGCUUACCUGCCGAACUGUCAUCGAACCUACAGCUGUAUCCACUGCAGAGCCCAUCUAGCCAAUCAUGAUGAAUUGAUCUCCAAGUCCUUUCAGGGAAGCCAGGGACGAGCCUACCUCUUUAAUUCUGUGGUAAAUGUGGGCUGUGGUCCAGCAGAGGAGAGAGUCCUUCUGACAGGUUUACAUGCUGUAGCAGAUAUCUAUUGUGAAAACUGUAAAACCACUCUUGGAUGGAAAUAUGAACAUGCUUUUGAGAGCAGUCAGAAAUAUAAAGAAGGAAAAUUUAUCAUUGAACUUGCCCACAUGAUAAAAGACAAUGGCUGGGAGUGAAUCAAUCUUUUUCGUUCAGUUUGGACAAUAUUCUGUGGAACAUGCUUUAUAAAGACUAAUGCAAAGUAAAGGAAGAUCUUGGCUAAAGUGGCCCUGAGAAUAUCACUGAACUCUGAAACCUCACAAACGAGUAGUGUAGUGUAAGUGGCUGUUUCAGGCCAUAUUUGCCUUUUCUCCUUGUGUAAGUUCCCUCUUUUUGUAUGUGUAUUAUUGUGUGAAUGGUUGUUUUGGAACAUUUUGGAUGACCUUUUUUCUAAACUCUCUCAAACUCUAGAGAAACAGUUCACUAAUUGAAAACAAAUUUUACUGGUUAGCAUCUAUCUCUGACCUAUGCCUUUAAUGCUACCUUCUGCUGUGCAUGCUUCUUGCCUAAACAUCUACACUCCAAUCCUGUAGAAGUUCUAUAUCUGAGCAGUCCUAAAGAAUGUAUGGGAUGGGGUGCUUUUUUAUAUGUAGCAAUUUCUGAUGUAUUUGGCAGUGAAAGGGAUGCAGUAUUGUAAUUAUUCAUUUCUUUUUUUAAAUUUGAGUGUACUACAACCUGCGUACAUCAUGUAGGUGAGUUGGUUAAAGGUACAGUGCUCACUUUAAAAACACUUCAAUUGCACUGGCUGAAAUGAGCAGAUUAAGUUUUUGUUAGGAAGGGAUAUGCCAAUGGCUUGGUAUUUUAAUGAAAUAUCUUAGAUGGAUUUUUUUUAAAAUCGAUAAUGCUGUAGAAUACCUUCAGUUAAGACCAAAAGAUUACCCAAGGAGUUUGCUGGAUAAGGAAGAAAUCUAUAAAAAGAAAAAAUAUAGCUUGCAAGAUCAAGUGGCACAGAACUAUAUGCAUCUUCUAUUUUGGAGAAAAAAAUUAGUCAGUGUAUUUAAUUUUUGGUACUGUACCGUUGCCAGUAACAGACUUGUGCAUCAGUAAAGCUUUAUGGCUGGUUCCAUGUAGCUAUAUGGCCCUAAUGCACUGGACAAAGAGGUUGAUAUCAAGAAAACUAAGUAUUCUGGUUUUGCUAUAUUUGAACAAAAAUGUUUAUUUUUUUGGGAAAUAGCCAGAGCCUAUGAGAUGAAAAUUAAUAUAGUAUCUGUAGGAAAAAAGGAGAGGUAAAAAGAGCAGAGAAGUUUGAUUAAUUUUUUCAUAAAAUAGAAAAGCAAGGUAGUUUUUAAAACAUAAGGGGGGAGGGGGUUUCUUGGUUUGCUGGCUAAAUCACCCCCAAGUGCAUUUUUAUAUUAAAGUUAUAUGGAACUCCCCCAGUGUUUCUUAACUGGAAUGACUAAGGAGAGAAACUUCUAAGAAGUUGCACAAUAUUAACUAUUAGUAAUGGUGUGCGCACAUUCUAGGCAAGAAAAUCUCUGCAUAAAUUUGCUAAAUUUAUUUCCAAAUUGAACAGUCUUUGAAGACCUUUUGUAUUUUAAUCCUUUGAAUGCUUGAGGACAAAUGCUUGUGAAAAACCUUUAACACUACAUAAGUACUAUAACUAAAUACUGAGGAAGCCUUGCAAUACAAAAAUCAUUCUCUUUCAAUAACAAUUCUAAUAUGGCACCUGUGAAGCUUAGUUAUUGGUGCUGUUGCUGCUGCUGUUAUGCUUAUGGGAAUCUCUAGGCUUUCUGAACUCUACUGCACUUUAGAAAUUUUGUCAUACAUUUAAAAUUAUGCCAGUGGGUAGGGGCAAUACAGAUCUUUAAAACCAGCUUUCCAGUCCUUGUGGAGAGGGAGGGAGGGAGUUCUGCCAGUGGAAGCGUUCAUCUGUGGUGCAGGCUGGCUAAACUGCGUUCAAGAAGUCAUGAUCUAUGUCUGUGAAAUAAAAAUCUAAAAGUUAGAGAAGUAGUUAAAGCUGUUGGGUUUCAGUCCAAAGACCUGAUGUGGUACAGUUGUGUUCAGUUUAGAUUUUGUGGCUUACAUGUUACUACUUUAUGCUUACAAGUAAGAUCAGGCUUCAAAGUCUCCUUUUUAACAAUGUCAUUGAUGCAGGAUGAGCUUUGGUGUUGCCUGUCUCUUGACCUGGAAUCUUUGGGAUUUUAUUUUCCUUUGUAGUAAUGUGUUGCCAACAAGGAAAGCACUAACAGUACUAUCAGCAAAAAGUUUGUGUUGGCUUCAAAGUUCAGUUGUCAUGUUAAUACUUAAACAGGCUUAUAGGAAAUAGGUGCAUCUUUGGGCUUCCCGUAUUUCCUGGCUACAGACUUGUUGAAGCAGUACACUGGACUGAAGACAAAAGUAAUAGCUGCUUUUCAAUAGAGAGUUGAAAAUAAUUUGAGUAUGUAAAACAUUAAAGAUUUUUCUCUAUACGGUUGUGGUUUUGGCUAUCUUGUAAGUUAAUGCUGCCUGUAACACUCUGAUUCUUAUUUAGUAAUUCAACCUCUUUUUUCAGUGCAUUAUUUAUAUUUCAAACUGGACAUUUUCACCAAAACCUUAAUUAACUUUGCCAAAGGUUGGGACUUCAUCAAGUGCUUAGCGCACAGAACUUCAGACUACUGGCAUAAGGAAUUAAUGAUUUAUGUGAUAUUUAUGGCUUUUAAGAGAACCAAACAAAGCAAUAUUCUCAUUGGUCUUUUAAGAGUGGAAGCUUAGGAGGAGUAAGGAGUAGAACUAAUACAGAAUUGCUAUUACAUGCUGCCAUGUAACAAUUCUUUAGGCUCAUUUUAUUGAGAAAGUGUGAAUUUUUUUCCUGUGUUGCUUGGCAGCAUCAAUUAUAUUCUUCCCUUGUGAAGAUUUAGAGUAUUCUUGUUACUGGUUUUGGUGAAAGUAAAAUCCAGAUAGCAAUGGCUGCUGGCUGAUGUGAAGAGGUCAGUCUGGUCACUGAACCCUCCAGCAGUCAUUUGAAAGAAAAAUAAAACUUACUUGAAAAAAUUUACUAAAGCAUUUUCCCUCUAACCAAUUUUUGUAAUAUAUUAAAGAUUAUAUUUAAAGUUUGUAUGUGUUUGCUCUGGGCAAGUUUACUUUUACUUCCCCUCCAACUUGAGCACUUUUGUUACUUGUACUGGUUAUUUUUAUUGUUGGUCUUAACAUUUAUUUUGUAUUUUGUUUUUUACCAACUGUAACAAAAGCUUUUGUGAACCCUUGUUUCUUGCUGGCUCUUUCUUGGACCAAAUGAACUGACUAUGAGCUGGCUUAGAAAUGUUCAUUGGGAUGCAUAGGAAUUUGCUAGCAAAAAUGUACAUGUAUUGAAAGGUUUUCCUGUGAACCUCUAAAGCCAUGCCUGUUCUGAAAUAAUUAAACAUAACUUGAUGUGACUUUUGUAAUCUGACCUAUUCUCUGUCUAGGUCCAAAAUAGUGGCUGUAACAUAAGUGUUCCAGAACUGAGUGUGCCUCCAAAACACUAGAAUUAUUUCUUUGGCUGAUUAGUUUAAAAAGGUUUUUAGAGUAAUGAAAGGCAAUGCUGCCAUCUAUAAAAAAAAAUCUUGUUGAGCUGCAAAACUUACUGAGAAGUAGCUGCGGAAUUUAGGGAGGGAUUGCUGACACAUCAGCCUAACCUCAGUAACUUUAUCUGCCAAUAAAAAAGACCAGCAUAUGAAUUUUUUCCUCAUUCACUGUAAGGUAUAAAAGGAUGAACUGUAUUAGUGAAGCCUGUUAUAACUUGGUCUUAAGCUCCCAGUAAGAAGGUGUAGUUUAAUUGCCAGUCUGAGCAGUGUGCCUUGCGUGCCUGCAGUUUUAGUGAUCUAGGGGAGGAGAAAUAACAAGUUCAAAAGUGCUGACAAACAGUUAUCAAGAUGUCCAUAAGCAAGUGGUCAUCCAUAUUUAUUAUUGGUGUAUCAAGUUAGUGAGUUAAUUAGGACUAUGUACCAUGUUUGGACUCAUGCUUCUCUCCAAAUAAUGCCUUUAAAGGUUUUUCUGCAUGCUCCUCUCAGCACUCAGAUUGCAGCAGCAGUUCUGCCUGAACAGGGAUACCUGGAGAGUCACAGACCAAACUUCUAACAUCUCCCUUCUUUGAUAAUGGAGAUGAGUGGGAGAAGCUCUCACAUGUUAAACUUUCUGGAUACUAUUGUACUUCCUUUUGCAGUAAGUGUUUAUACUGCUGGUUGGCUUACAGGAGUGCGAAAUGAACAGAUGUUUCAGAGGUUUCUUUUAAAAGGACUGUUACAAACUGUUUAAGGCCUAAGCAUGAGUCAUAAAUAGCGAUUGAGUUGUGCCUCAUUGUUUCUUAAACUCUUUACAAUGCUUUCUUUUACAGGUGACAUGGCUGUGUUGCUGUUUUGUCCUAGCAAUACUGUACAUCAUUUGUUGUUUCACUAUAUUGUAUCUACUUGAGGUAUCACAAUAAAAGCUUUUAAUUGUU